AUGAAGGUACUUUCGUCAUUGGUGUUGGGUUUAUUCUGGGCAAUUGGUCUGCUAGCCCAUGGGGGUCAUUCUCAAACUGUUUUGAGAGAGAAGCCAGCUAAUUUGAGGUGGCAAGAUUGGCAUAUGUUGGAAGAACAUGGUCUUUCUGAGUAUGAUGGAAAGACUUUCUUCAUAUUACAUGAUCUUAAAGGUAGAGGCUAUUGGGAUAAGAACGAUGUUUUGAACAUCUUUGGAUUGGUUCAUGAGCAAAUCAUUGGUGACGGGUCCGGAAUGGGUGCAAACAGACGCAUUGUAACGCCAGAAGAUCAAAUAAUGGUUAUUGAUUCGAUUUUUAAAUUAUUCGACAAGAAUCUUGAUGGCAGUAUUAGUUUGGAUGAGUGGUUGGAAUUCCAUAACAAGGGUGGUGAACUACCUGAUUUUGGAUUUGGAUCAGGCCAUCAUUUGGAUUUUGAAAGUGAGUAUGAAGAACACCAUUGGAACAAAUAUCAUGCUAAAGAUGAUCCAGAAACUAAAAUCAAGCAUAAGGAAGAUAUAGAGCAUGAGUUAUUACAUCAUAAGUAUGAGAUAGAAGAAACUCAUGAUAAACCAAAGCAAUUGAAGGAUUUAACAAAGAAUUUUUUGAGCAAGGUACGAAUAGAGAAUCUUACUCCGAAAUAUAGGAGAUCAUCUUAA